AUAUGAAAAAAAAGGCUCAAAUCAAGACGAAGGGAAUAAGUAACCUCAGGCCUUACCCCGUUGUGAAUCAUCUUCACAUCUGGUGGGUCUUUACCAUUCGGUUUAAUCACAACUCAACGCACAUUUUUUUCCUUUUAAAUUAGAGGUGAAGUUUUUCAUUAGAAAAAAAGUAAAAUUUUGCCAUUACUAACACAAAAGUCCUUCCUUCCGCUGCCCAACCGAGGCUUUGGCCUCUGGGCACUUAUAAUCUAAAACCCAAAACAAAAAAAAAAACAAAAAAAAAAGGAAAAGAAAUAGGGCUAUUACCUUCACGUCUCCUACGUUCAAAAAAUAAAUUUUUUUAUAAUUUUCAUAGAGAAGAAGAAGAAGAAGAAGCAGCCCAAAGGCCCUUUUUCUUUGAAUUCUUUAAUUGAUUAACUUCUUCUUAGUAAUAUUGAAUCGAUUCUCUAUAAUAAAAAUUCAUAAUUUGUUUUUAUUUUCUUCUACGCAACCAAAAACCCUCUCCUCUUUUCCUUUGCUUCCCUUUCUUUCUUCCUUCGAAUUCUCCGAGUAACGGUCGAUCUUUGGUUUUGUUGAUUUAUGCGUCGUUUUUGCGAAAUAAUCCUUAGUGGGUAUCGGCCAAAUUCACCGUUUUUUACUAUUUCUUAAUUCUUUGGGUUUUAUUGGAGCUGCUUGUUGGUGGGUCGGAGCUUGUUGCGAGCUGGUUCAUCGAGGAAAAGAUUGUGGUUUUAUUCCAACUUAUGAUUUGCAGAACCUCAUCAUAAAAAUUUGCGUUUUUGGGGAAUGGACUGGCUGUUUUUCCCUGCUAUCAAGGUUUACGAAUGAUGUUUGGGACGCAGAAGGCUGCAAAUGCUCUUGGCAUAUUCAAGUGGAGGUGGGGUGGUGAAUCCUCUUUGACGACAGGCUUACUAGGUGAUGUGCCUCCUGAGGUUGAGUUGUCUGACUAUGGAAGAGUACCACCAAGUCCUGGUAGUGAGAGCCCUUCAGGGCUUCUUAAUGGUGAGACUCUGAAUGUGGAACCAAUUGCCGACUUGGAUUUGUUCUUUGAACGGCUCUAUAGCUACUACUGUGAGAAAGGCCUUUGGUGCAUCAUUACAAAAUGGAUAGUUGAACUUCUGAGCCUGGGCUUUACCAUAUGUUUCUCAGGGUUUUUCUUACUGUUUGUUGAUUGGAAUGGUCUCCGCAAUGCAAAGUGUGGGAUGGAUGCAUUUGAGUCUGGAAUUAAACCAUGUGAUCUUGCUAAGGAAGCUCUUCACCAACACCCAUUAACCCCUUUAACACUUUCAAAAGCUAUUAUUGUUGGAUAUUUGGGCCUAUUUUCCAUCUAUUGGAUAUUCUGUUUUUUGAGGUUUUUUGCACAAUUAAAGGAUACUCUUGGAAUACGUCAUUUCUAUUAUAGCAGUCUUGAUGUUACUGACAAUGAAAUUCAAACCAUGUCAUGGGCAACAAUCCUUGAAAGGGUUGUUCUCUUGCAAAGUUCACAACAACUCUGUGUGGUGAAGGAUCUUUCUGCUCAUGAUGUGGUUAUGCGAUUGAUGCGGAAGGAGAACUACUUGAUUGGAAUGCUUAAUAAAGGAGUGCUUGCUUUUCCAAUCUCACCCUGGGUCCCAGGUGCUGGUCCAACUGUCAAAUUUGGCCCUGAUGGAAUGCGGCAUCGUUUGAUACUAACAAAGACACUUGAAUGGACCUUAAAUUGGUGUAUACUGCAGAGCAUGUUUGACCGAAACUUCUGUGUCAGAAGGGACUUCAUUUCUAACCCUAGAACGUUGAAGAAGAGGCUCAUGGUUGUCGGGCUUGCUAUGCUUCUUCUCUCUCCAUUUCUUGUUAUAUUCAUGCUGGUUUAUCUGUUCUUAAGACAUGCUGAACAAUUCUAUAAUCAUCCAAGCACAGCUUCAUCUAGAAGAUGGUCAAAUUUGUCAAAGUGGAUGUUUAGGGAAUUCAAUGAGGUUGACCAUUUAUUCAGACAUCGGAUUAAUGGCAGUGUAAUGCAUGCUUCUGAGUACCUGACGCAAUUCCCCUCGCCAAUUAUUUCUGUCAUCGCAAAGUUUAUCUCAUUUGUAUCUGGCGGCUUUGCUGCUAUCUUGAUUAUCAUUGCCUUACUGGAGGAAUCUUUGCUAGAGGGCCAUAUAUUUGGUCGGAACUUGUUUUGGUAUGCAGCUGUUUUUGGAACCAUAACGGCCAUUAGCCGGGCAGCUGUUACCGAUGAGCUUCUUGUCCUUGAUCCAGAAGGAGCAAUGUCUAUGGUGGUCCAAUAUACACAUUAUAUGCCAAAGAGAUGGCGUGGUAGAGAAAACACUGAAAUAGCCCGGAUAGAGUUUGAAACUCUAUUUCAGUACACUGGAAUGAUGUUGCUAGAGGAGAUGGCCUCAAUUUUCCUCACGCCAUUCUUGCUUCUAUUUGUUGUCCCAAAGCGGGUGGAUGACAUUUUACAGUUCAUUGCGGAUUUUACUGUGGAUGUUGAAGGUGUUGGUCAUGUCUGCAGUUUUAGUGCCUUUGAUUUCCAAAACCAUGGCAACGGCAAUUAUGGCUCUCCACACAAUGCACCUCGUGCACAGAGGAGUUCCCAAGGGAAAUUGGAGAAAUCAUUCUUGAGUUUCCAGAGUAGCUACCCUUCGUGGGAACCAGAUGCUCAGGGUAAGCAGUUCCUGUCAAAUAUUAGAGCUUUCAGGGAGCAAAAGUUGCAAGUUCAGGGAGCGAGACAUGCAUAUCCUCCAGGAAGAAUGUGGCGAGGUAGCCCACUGAGAGCUUACGGAGAUAGAACCGGCCUUUUAUCUAGGGAAAUGCAGCAGAAUAUUCCUGGCACUGGUUACAAUAUGGGUUCUUUAUGGCUAAUUGAUGCUGAUCAACAGAAUCACCCGUAUCUUCUAGAUUGGUAUUAUACCUCUCGACCUCACCAUGUGGCCAGUUAUAGGAGAGACCUUGCAACGAGGCCAUUGGAACCAGCUGAUCAGGAGCAUGGAGAUUAUGGGGUACCAACUAACGUAACACAUAAUGAAGCAAGAGAUGAAGAAUACUGGCCACACCGUUAUGAUGAUCGGUCACAGUCGCAUCUUGAAGCUUCAACUUCAGCUCCUUUCUUCCAUGAGAGUGUACUUCAACAUCAUGAUACAAAUGAGAUGGCGCACCAUACACAGAGCCAUUGGUGGGCUAGAAAUGGUUCACAUGGUGCACAGCCCCAAACAAGUUUCCUUGAGCCUCCUGAUUUCAACCGCCAUUCUCCAGGCCAUCAUUAUGAUAACUUCUCUGACAGAAGUGUAGAAGAGCAUGAUCAAUUCCUUGAUUGGAGGGAUUCUCGGCUAUCCCGCAUGACUUACAUGGAUGAUCUUGAAGCUGGAGGGGAUGUAAGUCUUCAUUUUGAUGAUAUUUAUAGCAGACCUCCUGAAACUCCCACCUUAAAUUUGAGGUCCCUGAGCUUCGAUUGAUGGAAAAGCACUUUCCUCCAGAUGAAUGGAAUGCAAAUGGGUUUCCAUUGCCCAUUAUGGGAGGAAACUCUGUAUUCUUUGUUGUAUAUAGAUUCAUUAUGAGGUUAGUUUCUUGAAGGCCUCAACUCAGAUUUAAGAGGUAACAGACUCAAAUGAGUCAUUGUUAGCCUUCUGAUAAUGUAUAAACAAACAAUUACAAGCCAUUGAUCAUUUUAAAAUUUCAUUCAAUUCCAUGUAUUUCUUUGUACAUAUUUGUCUUGGUCAAGCAUCAUUAAAAUAGCGUUGACAGAUUUUUUUUGGCAAACUAGUUUAUGUUCUUCGUAGGCUUAUGUUUAU